AUUUUUUCCACCACCGCCAAACAACUCAACAAGCGAUGGAAAACGCUUCCAAGGAACAGCUUUGCGAGCUGAUGGACAAGCUGCUGAUUAGCUCGCUCGAGCUGAUCGAACGGGACGUCGAGCUGAGCCAGGACAUUGCGCGUCUGACAACAGAAGGCCAGAUGGAGCUGGCACACACGCGCUUCACCAAGGGACCGAAUGCAGUCAGCGCGGUACAGCUGCCGACCAAAGAUUACAAACCGUUUCGGGCACUGCACACGACGGUGAGCAAGGACGACGCGGCCGGAAGUAUCCCGCAUCUUUCCCUGGAAAGCCAUCCGAUCGAUGGGGACGAAGGGCGAAUCGACCCGAGCAGCUGGUUCGGUAUUCUGCGUCCACCGUCGUUGAACACGGCCAAGGAACGGUUUACCCGGUCACUUCAUUCUAUUGUAGAGCGGGCAAAUGUACGUAUAAAGUUAGGCAGCUACUUGCAGGUGUUUGAUACGUUACAGAACCGCAAAACGGAAUUGUAG